AUGGGUCAUCAUGGUUUUCCCCGCCCUGAAAUGGCGAUUAGCCUCGUCUUAUUUCUCGGAUUCCUGGCAGCUCCCAUGGCUGAAUCCCAACUCGAUUACCUUUUCUAUGACCAGUCAUGCCCGAACUUGGACAUGAUAGUCCGGUGGGGCGUUUGGGCAGCCAUCAGAAACGACUCGAGAAUGGCUGCAUCGCUGAUUCGUCUUCACUUUCAUGAUUGUUUCGUAAAUGGCUGUGAGGGCUCUGUGCUUCUGGAUGACACCAAAGGUUUCAAGGGGGAGAAGAACGGCUUACCAAACCGCAAUUCAGCCCGAGGUUUUGAGGUUAUUGACAGCAUAAAAGCCGAUGUGGAGAAAGCUUGUCCCUCAAUUGUAUCUUGCACUGACAUACUAACACUUGCAGCUAGUUAUGCUGUUGGCAUGUCGGGAGGACCAUAUUGGCGAGUGUUGUUAGGGAGGCGAGAUGGCCUAACUGCGAGCGAGGAAGCAACGAAACAGCUGCCAUCACCUUUUGAGAGUCUCAAAGACAUCACUGCCAAAUUUUCAUCCCAGGGUCUUGAUCUGAAGGACAUGGUUGUUCUGUCAGGAGCACACAGUGUUGGUUUUGCCCAGUGCUUCACCUUCAAGAGGAGGCUAUUCAACUACCAAGGCUCUGGCAAACCAGACCCUACACUGGAAUCCUCAUUCCUGUCAAACUUGCAGACAACCUGCCCGAACGUGGAUAAAUCGAACACCAAGCUUGCUCCUUUGGAUUACCAAUCCGCGUAUAGAUUUGACAACUCGUAUUACACCAAUCUCGUGAACAACACGGGCCUUCUCGAGUCCGAUCAAGCUCUGAUGGCCAAUCCCCAGACUGCUGAUAUGGUUAAGUACUACAGCGCGUAUCCAUAUCGCUUUUACAUGGACUUUGCCACAUCAAUGGUGAAGCUAGGCAACCUUGGGGUGCUUACUGGGAAAGAUGGACAGAUUAGAAAGAUAUGUGGCUCUGUGAAUUAAGAUUAUGGCUCUUUAAAACAGCUUCUUUUAUCUGUAACAUAAACCAGUGGUGCUGUUUGUAUGCCUAUGUAGGUAUUAGGUUGUCUGGUGACUGGUCCCGGGCUGUUUCAA